AAGCGAUACGAUUAUUCAACUCUUUAAACGAAUUACAAUUUAUUUAUAAAAUAAAAAUAAAACAAAAACAAAACAAAAUCAUCAUAAAAAAAAAAGCAAAGGAUAAAAAGGAGCUUCAGAUUCUAAACAUAAAAAUAAUAUAAAGUACACUUUCCUCUUUAUUUUCUCUUUCCUUCCUCCCCCAUUCCACUCAUUUAUUAUGAACAAUUAUAGUACUAUGCUUCAUCAUACUUUAUUUAUGACUCCAAAAGACGAAAAGCAAGAAAUCAUUGAAAUUACUCAAAAUCUUGCACCUGAACAAUUUCAAUACGAAUUCCCUCCUCGUUCAUUAACGAUUCAAGUGAAUGAGAUAAAAGAAAAGGAUUUUAGUUUCUUUGAUGAAUUUUCUUUUACUUCGAAUUCAACCGAGGAUUUACUUGACCACUAUCUUGAUUCUAUAUCAUCAGCCCCUUCUACGACGAUUGAAGAUAGAAUUGAUUGGGAUAAUUCUUCCUUUGUAUUUCCUGAUUAUACUACUGAAAAGGUUUGUCCUAGUUUACAUCCUUAUCAACAUGAUGAUGAUACUGCUUUAUCUUCGAGAAUGGUGGUUAUGAAAAUCAGUCGUCAUAUGCAACCAACUAUUGUCAUGGCUACAGAAGAGGAUAAUGACGGUCCACUCCUAGAACUUCCUCUCGAAUCUACUUCUGUCUUCUUAUCUACCAAUGAGCAACCUACUACUACUACUACUACGUUUAAUCAUCGAAUUCACAAUCUUGAAAGACAACUUGAACAUGAGAAAGCCAUGCGCAUUGCCUUUGAAAAGACAAUGGAAGAAAUGACGGUGCUUAUGGAUCAUCAACAUCAAGUCUUAAACCAACGUCUUCAACAAGAAGUGGAUAUACGACAAAGUUAUGAAAAAAAGAUGGAGCAUUUAAUGGAUCAGCUUAAUCGUGAAUCAGAGGCAGUAACAUAUCUUGUAGACCAAUUAAAAGAAGAAGCUGAGCAGCGAAAGGUAUUGCAAGUUCAAUUAAAGGAUACGAUUCAGGAAAUCGCUACUUUAAAAAAAAGGACAAACACCAAUUCACAACAACGCAUUCGUUCAGUGACAAAAAAUGCAGCUGUCAAAAGGAUACCGCCAACAUCGACUGUUGUGAAAUCCACUUCUCCUAUAUAA